AUGGUUAAUCGAUUGGUUCAAAUGUUAUGGAAAUUGUGUUUUCUUUUUCUCUUGACCCCACCCGGUGGAUUCUUAUUUGUAUCAACUAGUCCAGGCUCUAGGCGAUCAAUUUUUGGUAAUGUGCUUAAAACUCACGGUAUUUUUGUACCAAAAACACCUAUUCGACUUUUACCCAAGUUCGGUGAGGUAAUUGAUGGCUCAUUACGAACUAAAUUGUUCCGUUGGCCAAAGGAAACAACAAUUGAGGUGAAACCUGUUGAGUUAACAAGUUUCCUCAAGUCAAUACCUCAUUUUACUUCAGCAACAUCGGCGGGUCUUAUCAUGGAGGGGCCUCAUCAUACACUUCAUUCACCAAGAGGAUCAUCUUCAUCUUCAUCAUCCUCACAUCGACAUAAAAACCCACCAACCUCUCAACAAAAUUAUCAAUUGGUUGAUAUUCAUGGUCUCAAUGGAUAUAAUCCUGGUCACACAGUUGAUCAACCUUUUUCUGAUGGGACUUAUCCAGAUACUCUAACUGUUUCAGGAAACGGAAAUACUGUCUCUUAUCUUAAAGAUUCUGGACUUUUGGAACCAGUUGCAUUUACCGCUGAUGCAGCUGAAGAUGAGUUAAGAUUAUGGAAGAUAAAACCCUCUUAUGAGCCAGUACAAUAUUAUGAAGUUCAAAGUCACCAGAAUCAUUUAUCACCUUCACCUUUAACAUCAACAGGAUCAAUGCCUAAGCAACAACAACAAUCCCCUGCUCUUGCUCAAUCCCAACAACAGCACCAGCAGCAGCAACAGCAACAACAACAACAACAACAGCAACCAUCAGUUACCAAUCAGAUGAUAACAGUAGGUCAAAAUAAUUUACAGGGAUCAAUACAAUCAGACGGAGGUCACACUCGUCAGAUGAUUACUCAUCAUGUUGCCAUGAAUGAUGUAAGACCAGUUUUCAGUGGUUCAGAAAAUAAGCCGAUAAUUCAUCCACUGAUGCCCUGUAAUCCUGCCUUGAUUCCGGUGCCUACAAACAAGGUCAAUUCAACAAACCAACCGACAAUAAUAAGAGUACCUGUACCGGUCUCAUUGAUGACAACUGUCCAACAACAGCAUAAUCAACAGCCUCAGGCAACUCAUCACCAUGUUCAUCAGAUACAAAGACCUUCAUCGACAAAUAUUCAACAAGAACAAUCAACCAAAAAUGAUCAAAAUGACGAUAAGAAAAGUGAUUUCAAUUCACGAAAUCCACCGAUAAUAUUUUAUCGACCUAACGAUCCUGAUCUAGCUAAAGUACCAAAGAAUAGACUUUUUCCAAUCUUCAUUCCAGAUCCAUCAACUUAUGAAGUGCGAUCAUCUCAGGUAACACAUUCAAACAGUAACAACAACAACAAUAAUAAUAAUAAUAGUAAUAAGGCUCAACAAAUGUCUCCACGAACCACAUACGAACCCACUAAAAGCCCCGAAACAAAAGCUAGUUUCACCCUUUCUGCUUCCACAGCGGCAUCAGGUGAAGUGAAAUCAGAACCAGCACCGAGAAAACGACCUCCAGUUAGACCAACUUCCCAUGUUUUAGCUAUCGAACGAGAAUCAGCGCGAUCACAUGCAACUGCCAAAAAACGUCAAACUCAUCAUCAUCAUUAUCGACACCAUGUUGACCCAUUAGAUUAUGAAAAUUCAGAGGAAACAGAAAAUUAUCGAUUUACUGGUCCAGUCCAGGAUCCGCUGUCAUCAUCAGAUACCGAUGACCUUGCAGAUAAUUUUGACAUCUCAUCUGAUCAUCCGUUUAUGCCAUUCUCAUCAUACUCACAAUCUCAUCGGGGUAAUAAUGGUGGUGGUAGUACAACUGUUACCGAUUACAAUGCAAUAGAUGAAGACAGUAAAUCAGCAGCUUCUGAUCCAAAGGGAAUGGAAUACAGGUUACCUUUAGAUGGAUCGAAAAUCCCCCGAUCUCGACAAUCUCAAACCUCAUCUUCGGUACCCUCAUCAUCUUCAACUUCAUCUCCCUCCUCUUCACCAUCAAUGUCAUCUUUAACAUCACAUAUUUCAGUUUAUCCCUCAUCAGAUGAAAUAAAAGUCAGUAAUCCAGAAGAUCCUGAGACAACAUCUCAAGAAACAAGUUUAAAACAAACUGAUAGGAAAACCUUUGAUAAAGGCUAUGAGAGAUCUAAACAUAGAUUAUUUGAGCAGAAAGUUGAAGAACUUUGGAAAGAGAAAAAAUGGAACAAUAUUGGUAAAGAAGAAUCUGAAACUGAGACACAUAAAACAUCGAGUGAAAAAGAUAUUCCUUGGAUUAAUAGAAGGCGAGAUAGACGGCGACCCGUUUAUUCAGAUAAACGUCCACUCAAAUACAUGGAGAAAAAAAAUUAUUACCAUCAAAAUAGUGGCGAAAUUAAACCAACAGAGACAAGUAUUGAUCAUAAUUAUCAUUCUCAUCAUAAUCAAAAGUUGCAUCAUAAUAAUGGUGAUAAAGAUCAUAAUAGAAAUGGCGGUUUUGAUGGAGAUGAAAAUGAUGGUGAAAAUAAAGAUUCAAUUCUAUCAACAGGACAAACAAGUGAAUUUAAUGAGAGGAAAAAAGAUGAUGGAAAAUAUAACAACAAUAAUAACUGGUCAGCUGAAGCUGGAACUUCAGGUUGGAGAAAACCUUAUCGAUCUUAA